CAGAAGAGAACAGAAGGUGAUGAGACAAGUAAUGGAAACAGGGCAAAAGCAGGCUUUAUUUCCAUGGUAUAAGGAGAGGCUGCAGACAAAGUAUUUAAAACCAUCAACGUCAGGGUUUCCUUCACUCCACUGGUACAAGGCCACAGAUGACAGCUCUUCAGCUCCAUCCUGGGCUCAUGUGGGCAUCUCACCUGUUACAUUUACUACCAAUCUAAAACACCACUGCAUUUUCACCUCCACCCAAAUGCCUAAACAGGCCGUCUCUAUGAAGCAUGCAUGCUUCUCCAGGCAAAUGGUCCAGAAACAGAGACGAAGAGAAUAUGUUGCAGCAGUGGAGGAUGAACUCAGACAGCCUUUGGCCCAAUACCAACAGUACAAGGACUAUAUGUCACCAGAGGUUUUUGAUAAAGUGCUCUCAGUUUUGUGCCCGGAUACAUCUCCGCACAACAACAAUCCACAAAAUGUGACAUCUUUUCCUUUUGAAUAUAUGGAAAAAGAUGAGAAAAAUCAGUAAUCAAACAACAUGAGCAAAAUUGCAAUAAUAGUUAAUUAUCUAAUCUAACUUAAUAGAGCAAUAUUGUGUAAAAUGUUGUAAAAGGUAUAAAACAUAAACCUAUAUACUAUAGGUGCACAUGAUAUGAAGCUAUAAUAACUAUGCGUUAAC